UUUUCAACAAGAUCAAAUUAAGUUGAAAGAUUUCUUCUACUUUUGAUACCUGUUGUAGCUUUCAAGUACCAAGAGAAGUCAGCAAAAUGAGUGUAGAAGUGUUAGAUGGUGCAACCAUUAUUAGCUUUCUGGAAGACGAAGAUGCAUUCAGCGUCUCAGUACGUGACCUUUUCGCCAACCUUGAUAAAGAUAAAGAUGGUCUUCUUUCCUAUGCAGAAAUGAUGAAGGAGCUACAGAGUCUGAGGGUGUUUGAGACUCAUUUUGGAAUCGAUGACAAACCAGACCCGGAUGAGCUUGCUAAGUUGUACAAAUCCUUGUUCCUGAAAUUCGACCACGACUCAAAUGGAUCUGUGGAUUUGGAGGAGUUCAAGGCAGAGACCAAGCAAAUGAUGCUUGCUAUGGCCAAUGGUAUCGGAGUUUUGCCCAUACAAAUGGCCCUGGAAGAGGAUAGCAUCCUCAGAAAAGCUGUGGAGAAGGAGACCACUAAAUUUGGUGCUUAAAUUGCUUGUUGUUACGCCUGAUUCAUUCUUCUUUUAUUUAACAUUGCAAUUUCCUUUUUCCUUUUUUGUUUUCUGGUUAUAUGCCUCUUGAAUUCUAGACAAUGUAAUCAAGUCAUGAGUUGAA